AUGGCACCAGAGCCUGUUAUUGCUCCUGAUCCUGUACCGGUGCAAGACCCUGUUCUUGUGGAUGCACCAGCCCUUGCACCACCUAUUGUUGAUAUUCCCAUUGUUGCACCACCAGUGGUGGAUGAUCCUAUUGCUGAUGCACCCGCUCUUGCACCACCUGUUGUCGACCAUGCACCCUUUGCCACGCAUGUCGACCCUCGAUACGCCGACACCCACAACGGGUGGAUCGACGAUGAUGAUUAUCCCCCGUUCGUGCUACCUGUCACUCCUCCUGUAGCACCUGUUUCUGCACCUAUUGAUGUUCCAUUUUUUCACCCACACACCUCUGAUACCCAUCGCACCGACCUUCCUAUCACAUUCGUCCAGGAUAUUCCUCCGCCACGUCCUGGGGAGGGUUCAUCGAGGCAGCAACCUGCUUUUGUUCCACCUGUACCGUCAUCUGUUCCGUUCAUGUCCCAGUUCCCUCACACUACACCAUCUUUUGUACCUUCGGGCGAGCCGUUUCUGUGGUCUUCGCCCAAUGUUAUGCCGUUAUCAGACCCGUAUCACCCGUUUCAUGUGGGGUACACGACAGAGGACAUACUCAUCUCCCUACAGCUAUAG